AUGGCUACAACAGCAUUUGGGAUGGGUGUUGACAUUCCCAACAUUAGAUGGAUUGUUCAUUGGAGUCCUCCAAGACUCAUUGAAGAUUAUGUCCAAGAGACUGGGCAAGCUGGAAGAGAUGGCUUGACAGCAACUGCACUGCUUGUAUAUGGACAUCUGCACAGGACAGUUUCAUCCUCGAUGAAGAAGUAUGGACAAAAUAUUACAACUUGUCGUAGGAAGUGCUUAUUUGCUGAUUUUUUAUUUGCUGGUAGUGAAGACAGUGCAGGAAAAGGAUGUGGUUGUUGUGACGUUUGUGUACUUAGUUGUGACUAUGGUAACUGCUGA